AGCAGGACAGAAGAAACCCUAACCCAAAUCUCGAUUACUUUCCGGUGAAUUGUUACAGAUUUGCGCCUAUUCAGUGAAUAACCAAUUCAAUUGCAUUCUGCACUACUGAGUCAGCCGGAUUUGAACAUCAAACUCAAAAUACAUCGGAAAGUUAACAAAGCCACAAAUUGGAUGGUCUACAAUAUUCUCCAUGGAACUUGUCCAAAUUAUUGGAUAGUCUGUAAAAUCAUCCUCGUCCUGUAUUUGCCAUUGCUGGAGCAAGGUGAUGGUAGUGUUAGAUGAAAGCUCUGGAGGGACUGGACACCACCAUUCAGCGAUGACAGUCAACCACUAUCAUGAACACACGUUGCUGCUCUGAGAAGCCAGCAGGUCUCAUCUCAUGCCCAAGAAAGGCGGGAGGUAUUCAAAUCGCCCACGGCGCAUCACCGAACCACAGCAUGUGUGCUCGGGAGUUUGCCCGCGAACGCACCGUGCUCAUCCACGAGUGGAGACCAUGAGCACAUCACACCCAACACAUCACCUUGUUGCCCCCUCUUGGGUCACAGGCCUACGCUACCAAGCCCGGCAGUACCAUUCAUCGGAGUUCAAUAUUUAAAGAACCCGUUUCUCUCUUAUCAAACCGAUGUGGGACAUUGGUUUUCUCCCCCUACACUCUCUCCACCAUUUGUUAAUUUGCUACUACGUGAAUUGAUGAUACAGAUAGAUGUUUCUAAGACCUAUGGAGUGUGUUACACUAGUCAUGAAUUUUUGUACAAUUAUACAUUUCUGGUUCUAAUGGUGUGAUAUAUUGAAUCGGAUUGUAAAGUUGUCAUGGAUUGAAUGAAAGGUGAGGUGUGUACUUACUUAUAUCAAGAAGUAUUUGACUUUUGACCCUUAUUUUCCAGUUAUUCUUCCUUUCAGGAAAGCUAACAAAGGCGCAAAUUGGAUCGUCUGUAAUAUUGUCCGUGGAACUUGUCCAACUUAUUGGAUAGUCUGCAAAGUCCUCCUCGCCCUGUGUUUGCUAUUGCUGGAGCAAGAUGCUGCCUGCUAAGCUGUUUUGUUGCUCCGUGCUGCAAAGAUGCCAGUUCUGCUUAUUGAAUGAAUGAAUUGCUAAAAAAAAAAAAAAAGGCAAAGAAAGGAGAGAGGACAUUGUGAUAGAGACCCCACAUAAGUUAGAAUGCAAUCCCAUGAUAUGAUAAAUUAAGACUUUGUUU